UCAGGGUGGAGCAAGACAUCUCAACGCGAGAAAGCGAGGGAGGGAGAGAGAGACAGGGAGACGCCCACAGUCUGCCGUCUGUCACCGACUCCAAGGCUCCAUCACCGACUCUCUGCAUAGCUCCGCCAAAGCUUCACCAAGGUUCCAACCAAAGUUCCAAGGGAAGCCGCUUCUCGCAUUCGUCGUCGUCUCUCGUUCCGAGGAUGAGCGCCGCUUCGCCUCGGAGUCGGCACGGCUCCAUCAGGAGCCAGGGCCGGAGCUGCCUCGACAUCGUCCGCAGUCUGCACCCGGGCCGCGGCUCGCUUCGGGGCCAGUCCCCGGCUCCCUCCUGCUCGCCCUGCAGCCCCAUCACCCCGCCCGACGUGUGGGGCACCCCGCCCUCCGGCCCGUCGCCCACGCCGCCCGGAGCCCCCCCGCAUCGCCAGGGUCCCUGGGGCCCCGUCGUGCCCGCCAGGGGGUCCGCUGCUCCCUCCCCCGCGCCAUCCCCCGUCCCCUCUCAUGGCCGCCCUGCUGUGAUAUCGCCCCCCCUCUUCUUCCACUCGCGCUCAGCUGCCCCCUCCCCUGCCCCCUCCCACUCGUGCUCAGCUGCCCCCUCCCCUGCCCCCUCCCACUCGCGCUCAGCUGCCCCCUCCCCUGCCCCCUCCCACUCGCGCUCAGCUGCCCCCUCCCCUGGCCCGUUCCACUCGCGCUCAGCUGCCCCGUCUCCCACGCCGCUGUCGGCUCCGUCUCCCCGAGUGUGGAUCCAGCGCCGCCACUCCAUAGCGGAAGGGAGGCUGUCAUCCAAGCUGAGGGAUGAGAGGGGUCUCUCGGGCGUCGUCAACGGGGCCCCCUCUGGGGGGCGCCGCUCAGUGACCCCCCUGCAGCAGGGCGCUGCCACCCGGAACGGGGGUCCCACCGCGGUGCCCGCCUCCGGCCGGCGGGGCUCCUCCGCCAACCCGCAGCUCCUCAAGUACCUGAUGCAGGGCGAGAGCGUGCGGGACGGGCUCGCCAGGGGGGGCCGGGCCGACGGUGGGGGCUGGGAUGGGGGCCCCCCCGGCCACGCGGAGGCGCCGGGGGAGGAGGCGACACUCCCUGAGCUCUUGCAGAAGGGGUUCGACGAGACCCUGGUGAUCCUGAAGCAGGCAGAGCUGCCCGAGUCGCGCGCGCGCCGCUUCCGCGCCUCUCUGCAGCAGGCGGCGGCGGCGAUCCGCGACGCCCUGCGGGAAGCCAGCUCCCUGCAGCAGCAGCAGCGGCAGCGGCACGCACCCGACACCCGGCAGAGGUCAGAGGAGAUCGCGGAGAAGAUGGAACGGCUGCUGCUUGGCCUGGUGCUCGUGCAGAACGAGAUCCUGGUCACCAAGGCCUACCUGGGUCCCGAGUCUCCGAGUCGGCGUGCUGUCGAGAUGAACGGAGAACGCGGCCAAAUUUUUGUCGAGCCAGAGUCACCGAGCAAGAGGAACUCGCAGCGCUGCGGGAGCUGCGAGCGCGUCUCUGCCGAGUUGCGAGCAGCACUGGAACGGGAAGGGCGACGCGGGGCGGAGGUCGUCGCAACUCGAGACGCGGAGAUGACCACGCAGCUCGCCGCGCUCGACCGGCUGCGGCUCACGAAUGACGCCGCGCGCUCGAGCGCCGUCGAGGCGGAGCUGCGCGCCGAGGUGCGCAUCCUGCGGGAGACGGCGCGCCGGGCCCAGGUGGCCCGCGACGCGGCGCUGGGGGCCUCGCGCCGCGCCGAGUCGGAGCUGGAGGCGGCGCGGGGCGCGCGCGACGCGGCGCGCCGGGCCGAGGCGGAGCGCCGGAGCGCGCGGGACGCCGAGGCGGAGGCGGUGGCCGCGAGGGUGGCGCGCCUCUGCGAUCGGGCCGACGAGCUGGACCGGGCGCUGUCGAAGCAAGCCGAGAGCGUCAUGGGCAGGUUCUGGUGUGAGACCUUCACCAUCACGAGGAGGGAGGAGGAGAACGGAGUGGACGACGAGAAUGAGGAUGAUGCCUUUUCCCAGGACAGCCGAGACCACCUCUCCCGUCUAUCACAGCUGGAGUCGUCCCUGGAGCGAUCGCACGCGCUGUUCAGCGCCGUGCUCUUGCGCCUGGAGGACACCAUCAUCCACUCGCAGGGCGAAUGCCAGAAAGCCGAGCGGCGCAAGGCGGAGCUGCAGGAGCAGCUGAGGAGCACGGGCGAGCAGAUGGAGCAGUACUCGGAGAUGGUGCUCGCUCUCUACACGGAGAACCAGCACCUCGAGAAGUCGCGGUGCGCGUCGCAGGCCACGCUGCGCGGGCUGCGUGCAGCGCUGGCGGAGCUGGGCUCGGGGCGGGCGCAGCACGAGCAGCUGCUGCAGCAGCGCGACGAGGAGGCGGCGAGGCUGCGCCGGCACAACGAGGCGCUGCAGCUCGAGCUGGUGGCGAGUAGAGGCUCCGGGGAGCGUGCCGCCCGCGUCUGCGUCGACGACCUGAAGCAGAAGUUCGAGCGUCUCCUGGCCCAGGCGCGCGACGACCACGACUCCGAGAUCGACGGUCUCAAGAAGCGCCUGGGUGAGUACCAGCUGGAGGCCGGGCGGCUGGGCGAGCUGUACAGCGGCCUGCAGGAGCAGACGGGGCGCGAGCGCGAGCAGCUCGGGGAGAGCAAGACCCUGCUGGAGACUCUCAAAACGCAAAACAUGGAGCUGAAUCAGAAGCUGAGUCCAUUGACAAGAAAGGAGUCAAUCACACGGACCAUCACAACCACUAAGCUGGAGGCGCGGUAUCCGAUCCUGCAGCUGCUCCCGCGCUACGAGGGGGAAGGAGCCCCCCCGACGCGCUCGGUGCAAACCGUGGUGCUGGAGCGUGAGGGGCAGCGGCAGUUCAAGAUCCGAAGUGUGAAUUCGGAGGACGCGGCCGACCUGGACAUCGACCUGGUGUAGCCGCGGCCCCCACGGGGACCCGGCAAGGGGACGGGGGGACAAGGGCGCGGGUUGUUUGGGGACCAAGGCAACGCGAGACCCCCUGUGCCUUGAUAUGACCCCCCCCCCCCUCCCUUACCACCACUUCGUGUUGAUGUUCCGUGCGGCAUCGAGUGAGAGACGGGGAUUGAGGGGAUAGAGGGGGGACGGGGAGGGGACCCGAUGGGGGGUUAUAGGGAGGUAUAGCCGAAGUGUGUGCGUGUCACAGUGAUGGAUGGUGCGUGUAUCAAAGAGGGGAGCGGUGGCAUAGUGAUUAGCGCACCACGCUCUGAACUCGACGGCCCGAGUUCGAUUCCCCGCUCAUGGCCACCAGUGACGAUUAUUUGAACCGGUCCUGGGCCUCCCCGAGAUCGAUGUGUCAACAUCACCACUGGGGAGACAAAGACGGUCGGGGGAGGUGCUGGCCACCCCCUCGUGUGCCGUGCCGGCUUUCGUAGGUGCUCAGUAAAAGCACUUGCCCCAGCGGUCUGUAAAGGCUACACGGGGGAUAUUUGUCUUGGUAUUAUUUUUUUUACGUCAAAGAGAUAGAGACGGUGCGUGUGUAUGUUGCGACUACUUGAGUGCCAACACCCAGUUUUAUGUAAAACCGGAUAUCGGGCCCUCUCCUAGGUCGACUCAGCCUGAAAUGAAUGUCCGGUGCUGGGGAGACGAGCAAAGAGGGCGAAGUUGGCUGCUGACCACGCGGGCCAUCAAUAGGCGCUCGCUAACGGCGGCCGCUGCGAGUGUGUAACGCGAGGCUGGGGGGGGGGGGUGUCCUGACAGGUGUGCGCUUGACACGGGUAAAGUAGACGCGGUGCCUCGUGCCUCUGCUUGCAAGAGAAUAAGUUUGCCCCCCGGGUGCAAUCCUGGGCGAAUUCCCGAGCGAGGCGGAGGUCGCAUCGCGACAGAGUUCAAAGGAAGAAAUACAAAGAUUCCCGGGUAGCUUUCACAGACCGUUGAGGCAAGUGAUGGUAGCGUGCACGUAUGAAGGCCGGGAGGGCACACGAGGGGGUGGAUAGCCAGCGUGGACCACGCCCGGCCUUUAAAAAGAACACACACCCAUACAUACAAAGACAAAGAUCCCCCAUAUAGUCUUUAACAGACUGUUGGAGCAAGUGCUGUUAGCAAGGACUUAACAACACACAGACAACCAUCACACUCACUCUCAACCACGCACACGAUCUCGACCACUCAUAGGCACACAACCACACUAUACACGGACACAGUUACAGUCAUCCAUACACACACAAUCACACACAAUCACACACAAGCACGCACACGCUUAACCACACACUCAACCACACACCAAACAGUACGCAACCGCGAACACUGAAAAUUGUUCAUAUGUAAAAAUAAAAAAUCACGUGUCCACGUUUUCUUUUCAUGCACAGUGCACAGGUGCAUGAGCACGUGUUCAUCCAGAAGUGGAUAGAGAAUGGCUGAUGAUCGAUAAAUAUACAUGCUGAUGAUGAUAUAUUAUGAUGACUUAUGAUGAUGAUGAUGCUUUGGCAUCGCUCCUAUCAGCUUUGCCAACGGCUCUCCCACGCUCUUUGUAAUCUCUCUGUAUGUAUUUAUUUGAUUGCAAUUGUAUCGAUAGAUUCGACUUGAUCGACGGGUGGCACGGGCUGGCUAAUUGGCGCUGCGGCGCGAGCUUCACUCAUUGCGAGGGGGGGGCGCACGUGGAGGGAUGGGGUCCACAUGAGUUCCCAAUCACCAGGGCGGCCCUCCCGUGAGCACGGGAGUCACGAACUCGGCUCUCCGCGUCGGAGCUUGCUACUGGGGCUUUUCACUGCUGCAAGUAGACAUUGUAGAAUGUACUGACUGCUCUUCAUACUAGAUUUUUUUUUAAGUUUGGCUGGCUGGCGAGCGGGAUGGAGGGACUGACGGUCAAGUCCAAAGUGACGUACGCUUUGCUCGUAGAAAUAAAAAAAAUGAUUAUCGG